ACCUGUCUAACUUGUAAGCGAGUUGCAGCUUCAAGAAUUUUUGUUCGGAAUAACCCAUCUUGUGCGUAGUAGUCCUACAUAGAGGUCGUUGAUAUCAGAAGGGUCGUCAGAGGGGGGGUCGCAGUUGCCAUGGCAACCGGCGACAAACACCACAAGCACUGUCAAACCCUGUCGUACACGAGACAGGACAUUUCCGGCGUAUCCCAGGGAAUGUAUGACGAAACCGUGGAGGUGAACGCUAGAGAAAUAGAAAGCCCGCCGACGUCCGACGAGGAAGCUGUGAAAGCCGCCAUGGCCAAGUUCAACCCCCCAGUACGACACACGGCGAGACACGACUUCGAUUCUGAGAGCGAAAGUGAAUCAGAAGUUGAGAAGUUUGGGAACCUUUCUGAGGAAGAUCAGUCUCCGGAUAGAAAGUCUGAUCAUGAGGAAGAGCCAAAACAGAAACCAAAAGGAAAUAGCGAUGUGUCGAGGCAAUCGAGUAAAAACCAUGAUUCUUCUAAUUCAGACACAGACAGCGCGGAGGCAGGGCUGGACAUCGUGGAGCGCGUGGAGCCGCUGGCGGCGAGCAGCGCGCGGCGGCGCGGCGCCGUGCCGCUGCCCGACGGCGCCUACGACCCCAAGGCCUACCACGACCUGAAGGUGCCCGCCGACAUGGAGAACGUGUUCCAGUACAUCAUGAAGUACACGCCGCAGAAGAUCGACAUCCAGCUGAAACUAUCUCCUUUCGUGCCGGAGUUCGUGCCGGCCGUGGGCGACACGGACGCGUUCCUCAAGGUCAGCACGCCGCCCGCCACGCUGCGCGCCGCGCCGCUCGCCGAGCAGACUCUCGAACACAUUGACAACUUAGGUUUAACAGUUCUAGACGAACCGUCCGCAGAACAAAGCGAUUCAGCCUUGCUGCACCUGCAGCUAAGAGCUCUGUCCAAGACCACCAGUGCCAAGUCCACUGUGUUGACCAGGAAGAUCGACAACGCCGAGAAGAGUCCCAAGGCCAUUGAGCGAUGGAUCAAGGACGUUAGCGAGCUGCACAUGGCGAAACCACCACCUACCUUCACAUACUCAUGCAAAAUGCCAGACAUAGACAGCCUGAUGGAAGAAUGGCCAGAGACAAUGGAGGAUACCCUCAACGAAGUCGCCUUCCCCCCCGCCAACUUAGACUGCACUCUAUCCCAAUACGUAGACUUAGUCUGUGCUCUAUUUGACAUUCCUGUCCAAGGUGACACAUUGAAUGACAGGAUACAAGCGUUACAUUUGCUUUUUAAUCUGUAUUCAGCUGUCAAAAACUCACAGUUGUAUGCUGACAGGGAAAAAGAAAAGGUUGGGGGGUAGCUUUGGAUUUGUUAUAAAAUAUUAGUCUAUAAGGGAAAUAAAUGAGAUUUGCUUUA